AUUUACUUACUGAGUUAUCUCAUAGUUUUCCUUUUCCACCAUUUCAGGAAGUGAAACCGAGGACGGGGAAACCAAGGGGAGUGACGAGUUAGAAGGCUAGCCACUUGUAAUUUGAAUAUGGAUCUUAGGUAUAACUGAUGAUAUUGUAAGCUAGAUUGUGAUUGGAGAUUUUAUGGUAUCAGAGAAGUUUCAAAUUUUGAUCUUCAGAUUUUUGGUGGUAUUAGAUGUGAAUUGGAUAAGUUCCGAGCCUUGUGCAUUUGUGGAACCCACUCACGAGUGCACGGCGUCUGUCGCGCCUCGAAUUCGGGUUUUGGGGCGUGACACGGAGUGAGGUAAGUAAAAAUGGUAAUGCCCGUACAGGUUUUAAAAGCAUGUUUUGAUUUGUUUUUGAAGUGAUGGCGGGAUUAAACCCGUUUUAUACAAAAUAAGCAUAAUUGAUUUGAAAUAAGAUUAUUAUUCUUUUUAUUGAUUGAGCAUGCCUGCUUGAAGUUUAUUUGACUGUCCUGAUGAUUUGAAAGUGAUUGUGAAUUAUGAUUUUCUACUAACUUCUGCCUGUUUUGUCUCCGAUAUGGUCAUGUUAUUUCUGUAAUCCUGCUAGUGGGGGUUAAACGCUAGCACAUGUCGACAUGUUACUGAUAGAACCGGUUCAUUUCUGUAACCCUGCUAGUGGGGGUUAAACACUAGUAAUUUCUGUUGUGUCAGUGGGAGGUUUAUAACACUGACCGUGACCUAUAGAGGAGACGUCUAUUUCAUUCUCGUACUGUAUCCGUUUUGCGUGAUUGCACAUGUUGGCAUGCUAAAAGUUUAAUAAGGGGCACUCCAUAUUUUACUUACUGAGUUUAUCUCAUAGUUUUCCUUGUCCACCAUUUUAGGAAGUGAAACCGAGGACGGGGAAACCACGGGAAGUGACGAGUUAGAAGGCUAGCCAUUUCGAGAUUUGUUAUAGAUUUUAGAAAAUAAAUCAUGAUCUUGUAAAUUGGAUUUUAAUUGGAGAUUUUAUAAAUUCAUUGAAUGGAUUGUUAGUUACAAGAGAUUUGAUCUUCAAAUUUUGUGGUAUCAGAUUGUGAAUUGAAUAAGUUCCGAGCCUUGUG